AUGUCAGACCCAUCAAUCUAUACCUACCCUUCUCCUCUUGAAGGAUAUAAGAAUCUGCCUCGACUGUCAGACGAGAAAAAUGCAGAUGGCAAAUCGUACGUAAACCCGCCAGCAUCCAAGCCCAGCCCAGCCUACGACUCCUUCACCUCCCCCAUCACAAACGACGAACGCGGCGGCUUCGACGUCCACAUCUACUUCCAACAAAACAUCGACACAGAAGUGACCUUUGCGACCGAACUAUGGGAACGUAUCCGACGAGAAUUCCCAGAACUUCGCAUCUACAGAAUAUGGGAUAAACCAAUCGGACCCCACCCCAUCGCCAUGUUCGAAGUCAAUCUAUUUACGCCAGCACAAUUCGGUGCGUUUAUCCCUUGGUUGGUGAUAAACCGUGGUCCCUUGUCUGCUCUGUUGCAUCCAAACACCGGCGAUGAUAUCCGCGAUCACACUCAACGAGCCACUUGGCUAGGACAACCGUUCCCCCUACAAGUGGGUCUGCUCAGACGAAUGCUAGAAAACAAAGCCCAAGAGGCUGGGCAAAAGGAUUAAAAGAUAUAUCUAGGACUGUACAGUUGCGUAAGAAAUGCAAAAAGGCUGCUUUUG